CACAACACCCGCCCGGCUCUUGAACCGCACACGGCCUCCCUCUCCCGCAAGCCCCCACGGGCGCCCCUUCAGAGGAGACGCCUAAACCGCCCGGCCUCCGUCCCCCCGUCGGCUCUCACGCCGGCCGGCCGGCCGCACGGACCGAUCGUCCUCCCCGACCAUAACCCGCAAACGAAAAGGCUCACCGACGGCGAGAACCGCAGGACACCGCUGGCCGCGUCAAGUGCUGCUCUCUGUUCCGGGCUCGGCGCGGAGCGAAGCCCGACGACGCCCGAGCAUACCCGAAGGCUGCCGACUCCCAGGCCCAGGCGACGCCCGCUCCCGGCGUGAAGCAGUGUGUCCUGUCUGGGGCGGCCCGGGUUCGAGGGAGGGGAAGAAGCAGAGGAGGAUGGACAGAGGGCGGAGAGGAGGAGGAGGAGGAAGAGGAGGAAGGCACAGAAGCCGCAGAUCGGAGCAGGACCCGGACGUCCGCCUGUCCAAGGCGCUGUCCUUCGCUCUGCGCCACGGGGCGUCCCAGCUGGGCCUGGACAUGAGCUCAGACGGGUUCGUGUCGGUGGCGGAGCUGCUGUCACGCCCCCAGUUCCGCGCGUACUCAUUGGCCGACGUGAGGAGGGUGGUGGAGACCAAUGACAAGCAGCGCUUCAGGCUCCGCCCACGCCCGGGGGACGGGCGGCUGGAGAUCCGGGCCAAUCAGGGGCACUCGGUGCAGGUGGACGACCUGGAGUUGACCCCAGUUGUCCCCGGCUCGGACAACGUGCCCUCCUGUGCCGUCCACGGGACGUACCUGCGCCACUGGGAGUCCAUUCGAAGCCGGGGCCUGAGCAGGAUGUCCCGGACCCACAUCCACCUGAGCCCGGGGCUGCCCGGGGAGGAGGGCGUCGUCAGCGGUAUGCGCGGGGACUGCAGCCUGGCCAUCUUCAUCGACGUGUCCGGGGCUCUGCAGGACGGCAUCCCUUUCUUCUGGUCCGACAACGGGGUGAUCCUGACGCCUGGAGACGCGGAGGGCAGACUGGCGCCCCGAUACUUCGCCCGGGCCCUGAGGCUCACGGAGCCCCGGAGGGAACUUCCUCUGGAACCGAGAGGGGGCGUGGCCGGAGAGCAGCUGACCACGCCCACACCACAGUGAAGCACGGGGGGGGGGGGAUGCGGGGGCUGGCAAUGUUGCCAUGGAGACGGCCCGGCGUGGGAGGAGCCUGGCGGAGAGAGUCCACAGUAACUGUGAUGAGCUUCAUGCAGACGCACUGGGCCCACUGCGCUGUGUGUCACUGUCUUAAUUAAUACCUCAAUUAAAGGCACAUCUGUGAGGAUCACACUGCUA